AUGCCCGUCGGCAACGACCCUUCGGACCAAGGCGCAACAGGCGCCGCCAAAUGGGUCACUUCUACACUCGGCAACACCGUCGGCGGCGUCACGCGUACAGUGGGCGGCGUGGCGGGCACCGCUUCCCGCGGGAUUGGCGAUACUAUCAACAGCGCGACGGAGAGUGCGGGGAAGCCUGUUGGUGAUGCGUUGAGCUCGGGUGGCACUGGGCUUGAGGGUGGGGCGAAGAGUGUUGCGAAGGGCGUUGAGAAUGCGGGACAGUGGAAAUAG